AUGGAACGUUUGGACCCAUUGCUGAAAUACUCAUGGUUUCCGGAGUCCGAGUCUCUGUACUUAUCUCAUUUACAUGAGAUCAUAUACAGUACGAUGUUCUAUUUCAUUAUUCAUAAAUUUAUAGCACCCCUGGCAAACCGGAUUGUAUUUGGUAAAUCAUACACUUCGAUCACUAAUGAUGAUUUAAAAGAUGAUUUUGACAUUCAUACGGUGUCUAUGGUUCAAGCAUUUGUCUCUCUUUAUAUAUUAUGGCCGACUUUAUCCAUUCCUUUAAACACAAGUAUUGCUACAUAUUGGGAUCACCAAUCAUCAAUGGUUGCCGCAUUAAGUUGUGGUUAUUUCCUUUGGGAUUUGACCAUUUGUAUCAAGAAUUAUAAAUUAUAUGGUUUAGAAUUUUUCGCUCAUGCUAUCGGGUCUCUGUACGUCAUGUUAAUUUCCUUGAGACCAUGUUGCCAACCUUGGAUUGGUAAAUAUUUACUUUAUGAAAUCAGUACUCCCUUUGUGAAUGUCAAUUGGUAUAUCAUUCAGUUGACUUCAGGAAAAGAUAUGACAGUGAAGACUGUGGUGCCAACUCCAUUAAAUAUCAUUAAUGGUCUAUGUUUAAUGGCUGUGUUUUUUGUAGUAAGGAUCCUUUGGGGUAGUACUGCUAAUUUCAUUUUGUUUAGACAGUUUAUUAAAGAGUGGGAUCAGGUACCAAAGUACAGAUCCAUCGGUUUAAUUGCGUUGAAUCUUACAUUGACAGCCUUAAAUGCCGUUUGGUUUCACAAGAUGGUUAAGAUUGCUAGGAAAUUGGCUUCUAAAUCUGAAACCACCACCACCAAGAAACAUUAA